AUGUUUCGGGCUAUCAAAAAAUCACAGUCGGGCUAUGCAAAGAGAUACGAAUGGGCAGUUCGUGGAGCUAGAAAUCUUGACCGAGUAUGGAGCUGGGCAGUUAGGUGCGGCUGGGCAGUGCGAAUACAGCUGGAGAUUAAUCUCGGCUGGGUUUUGGCGUCUAGGAUCGCGAAAGGUCUCGGCUGGGUUUUGGGGUUGGGCUUUGCGGAUGCAGCCGGGCAAUUCGAACUUGGCUAA